AUGCUGAGUGAGGACAUGGAGGGAGAGACGGCCUCCGCCCUGGGGGGCAGUCCCCAACUGGGACACAACUCUGGGGGGCUGGGGGGAGAGGUGAGGGGGGGGGGGGGGCAUCCCAAACACAAGUCACUCACACACAGACACGAAUAUACUCACAUGGAUGUUUAUUCAGAAGCCACACGCACAUACACAGGUGUAAUACAUCUCUCACAUGUCUGUUUUCUGUCUUCCUCUCUAUCUCUCUGAAGAUUCAGCAGCCCGGAGCACAACAUCCUGUUUAUCAGCAGAAUGGUAAUGCCCCACUUUUGCUCUCUCUUUUUCUCUCUCUCUCUCUCUCUCUCUCUCUCUCUCUCUCUCUCUCUCUCUCUCUCUCUCUCUCUCUCUCUCUCUCUCUCUCUCUCCCUCUCAUCUAUCCUGUAUCUAUUCUAUAGUGGAUACUAUUCAACUUGUUACAAAUUGUGCAAUAAUUUUGGAACAUACAGUAUAUUAUAAUGGAACUUGGCAUUUUGAACCUGGAGCCUGGGACACGGUUCACGACUGGACUGUUGUCAUCAGCCUACAGUUCUAAGAUCAAUAAAGUAUGAAAAUGUAAGUCGCUCUGGAUAAGAGCGUCUGCUAAAUGACUAAAAUGUAAAGAUUAUGGUAUUGUCCAACCACUGUUGUACCCUUUUCGCACCUUCUGAUAUUUUCAUGGAUCGAACAAUUGAAUAUGAGAAUUUUCAGGAUGAAUCAAACCACUGUGUUUUUGAUUUACCGAUAUAUUUUGUGCGUUUUUUUCAAUGAUUCAUAAAUACUUUCCUAACCCUAAAUAAUCUACAAGAUCAGAGUGUUUUUAAAUCUAUUGGUGCUAAAAAGGAGCCGAAUAUAAAUGUAUUUUGAUGGCUUUCUUUCAUUUUUCGUUAAUAUUCGGAACCCUUUUUCUCUCGAUAGCCUAUAUUCUUGUAAGUCUGUUGAGAAAAUUCAAGUUAAAGGUACAACGUAUUUAAAACUUUUUUGAUGUAAAGACCCCUGUUUUGUGGACCUGCGUGGUUCUGGUACCGGUUCCGACCGACAUUUUUGCUUAUAUAAAUCGAUCUGUGGACACCAUAGAUCGAUUUAGACCACCGAAAUGGCUUGCAUUGAGCGGUAGCCCUGAUUCUCACGGACACAGGAGAAUUUCCACAGAUAGAACAAUGAGACAGAUAUUUCACCAGAUAUUAUAUAAAUGUGAAGCAUCCACUUGGCGUUUCCACUCACUACCAAAUAUGGUAGUGAGAGGAAGCCCAAUGGCCAGCAGUUGGAGAAGAUGGAAGGAGAGGGAUGUUGGCUGACAUUCUGCUAAUUUUCUCAUCGAUGAAACAUUUGAUCUCAGUACAGUUUUCAGUUCCCAAAACUAGAAUCUGUUUUGAACAGAGUGGACUAAGUUUUGUAGACUUUACUCUUUGCCAACGUUGUAAAAAAUCGCAUUGUUUAGAAGGAGUGCGAAGGCGAAUUGAGUUAUUGCUCAACCUCCCUACCUCACAGAGUAGGCGUUCCCUAACAGAAAUAUGCAGAUGUAUGCUAGAACAGGCAAAUAGGAUCUCGCUAGCUCGUGCUUGGCUCUGCCCACCUCCUUGCUUGUUCGGCCCACUAUGACGCAUUUGUUCCCAUUGGAAAUGACAGGCUGUAGUCUAUCUUGGUUUAGUUAUAAAUAUCUUUGGUAUGUCUCUUUUGCCUGUGUGAAGCAGGAUGUGAAAUCUGACACCACUUGAAGCUGGGAUGUCCCUUCUACCAUUUCAUUCGCUCUUCCGACUGUCCAUCAACUCCUGGCUGAACCCUAAUUCACAGCCACUAACAUACAGUAUUCCAGGAAUCCUUACAUCGUAGCACAGCAGAAGAGAGUGGUUUCGUCACUGUAGCAAAUUCAGAGAUCGAUUUAUAGCCAAUACUCAAAAAUAAUUUUUACAUUUGCAUUUUAAUAAUUUAGCAGACGCUCCUAUCCAGAGCGACAUACAGUUAGUGAGUGCAUACAUUUUUCAUACUUAAUUCAUAGAUAAAACAUAAAAGAAAUGUUAUGUUUGUCGUAGACGGACAAUAUUAAUGUGGAAUGAAAGCCAGUUCCUAACGAGUUCAGGAAGCCAAGCUAGAGCUAUGUGAGACGUUCACAGCGAUUGUGGCAGACGUUUUGAUGAAGCGAGACCUUUAGAAAAUAUACACAUUUUCUCUAACACUAAACAUACAAAUAUGUAUUUUACAGUUAUAAGGAAGGUGAAAUCGUGUAGUUAGCCAUUUUAUAAUUUGAUUGCACUAUAUUUAGAAAGCAUAUAAGUAAUUUCAAGCCUUAUUCAUACAGUUUUGUUGAAUAGGAAAUACAUCAUAUAUAUUAUUUUAAUAUUUGUUUUAUAUUUGUACUGUGUACUUGAGCUCUUGUCUUCAAAGUGAUAACACAUCAGCAAUUUUAAACUUUUUUUUACAAGAAAGGUGAGAUUUUAACCUUUCUUGGAGUAUGCAGCAUUACUAGUUAUUGUUUAUGGCCCUCUCAUGAUAAAUAAUAACUUUUGGGGAUUACUUAGAUUACAUUUUCAAUUAAAUGUUGUUACAUUUAGCUUUGUUUUAAAGACAUGGUCUGGAACUUGGGAGACUAGUAAGUAUUUUUUAAACCUCCACUUUGGGCUGGAUGUGUCAAUGUGUUGUUCUACAUGCAUAAUCUAUGAGCAGAGUUACUGUUUUACCUCAAUUAGCUACGAAAUCCCUUGUUUGGGCCAGCCCUCCUAGCAAUUCGUGUUUCAGCCAAUGAACUUCAGCCCCUCACCAUUUGAGUGACAGCUAGCAAGAUGCACACAUAGCAGAGUGAGAGAGAAAGAGAGAGAGAGAGAGAGAGAGAGAGAGCAAUGAUGUGGUGCACAUAUAGUAUGUGAGGUAGUACCCAAUUUUCGGGGACCACUUUUGGCUUAUGAGCACUACUUUCAGAACUAAAAAAUAUACAAAAGUACCGGAGAAUCUCUUUAAAGGGAUGGCUUUAGAUAAAUGUCCUGAAAAGCCUAUUGAAUGAAAACUCCAUGAGAAAAUCGGUUGGCCAGCAGGUAGGACGGUUUUCAGCGGUUUAAUUAAAUGUAUUCAGUGCGCGCAAGGGAGCCACUCCUGCAUAACCUGUUAUGCACCUUGGUCAUUCCAUGUCAUUUAAGCAAGCCACGACACCCACCACCCUGAAAUUGUUGUAAUUAGAAAUAGCAUUCCUGUAGCAUUACUUUGUUUACAUUUUAUUCGAUUUUUGUUAAAUUAAGCUAAUUGAUUGCACACAAAUUGGCCCUUUUUAAUUUAGAGGAUUUACAUAAUAUUCUAUAACCACCCAUGGAUCCCCACACCCCACGCCAAAUAAAUUGUGCGGUCAAUUAUGUGGUCAAGCCAUUCCUCCAUGAAAGCAAUUAAGUUUGUCCUUAGCAACCUAAUGCUUCAACCCAACUCUCCUUGAAUAAUCCUACAAAUGGCAGCUCUCUGAGCUCUCUGGUGCAAUUCUCAUAAAAAGGCCAAAACUUUGAUGGAGAAAUGGGCUAGUGUCUAAAAUGUUGUGACAAGAAUACAAUUAUAAACCAUUGCAUGGCAGGUGUAUGUUUUUCAAUACAAUUAUUAGAAAACAUCUCUAUAUGUAGUGUGAUUAGUGACAUUUACCAUUAAACCCAACUCAAAAUCAUAUUAGCUUAAUUUCGCAGAUAUCAAAUUAUAUUUCAAUAAAAUAAUGUUUUAGGAAUGUUAAUCUUAUCCGUCUCUAACUACAGAAACGAUUUCAGAACAAUCUGAGAUGGUGGGUGUCAAAAUCCUCUUUCUUGUGCUUUUUGGGGUGGAAUGACUCACCUGCAAAAGGUAAGUCUGAAUACCAACUACUGAGAAGUGCUUAAAUCAAAACGCGUAAAAAAGGCAUAGAGUCUGAAUCGGCCCCAUAGUGAGUGGGAUGUCUGUGGAGGAAGGUUUUUAAAGGAGAUUGUACUAAGAGCUGUGUGGGUGGGCUGAGUAAGUUUGUGAUGUUUUGAUUGCCAUAUCUGUUUGACUGUACUUUCUCUCCCUCUCUUUCUCUCAGUGCUCCACACAGGGAAGAGAUGGUUCAUCAUCUGCCCAGUGGAGGAACCUCCCACCUCCAGCCAGGAUGGAACUACAAACAUGACUGCUGAUGGGACUACAACUACUCAGCCUGACGGGACUACAAUUGCACAGCCUGAUGGGAUUACGGUGCCUGGCCAGACUGCUGAGGGUGGCACUGCAGGGACUCCUUCAGGCAGAGGUGACUUUGUUUCCAUGUGACCAUUUCAACAUGACACGAUCCUGGUCGAGCCAUGCUACCAUGCUGCCCUCUAGUGCUCAAUGAAUGAACAACGUCCUGUCAACAUCAGUAGUCAGCCGUGUGUACAAAUACAAAGCUCCUUUGUCAAAGCACUAUUGCAACACAGUGCAACACAGUGUCAGAAUGCUACAAAUACAAUAUUGAGUUGUUAUGUUGAAAUAUGUGUAUGUCUUUGGAUGUGGUCCUAUUGUAGAAUGGUAGGUUAAGAGGAUACUAGUCCUAUUGCCUUUCUGUCUAUAAUCUUCGGUCUUCUUUUGGUUUUCUCCUGCAGUAUCAGCGUCAUCCUCCAUAGCUAACUCAGUGUCUGGGGGGAGUGGAGGCUAUGGCCUCUGUAGCCCUCCCAUCCUGUCCUCCACAGACCCUCUCCUCCUGGCCAUGUCCCAUGUUCCAGCCCCCUCUGGCCCCCCAUCUGUCCACCCAGGACCUCCUCCAGAGGGCCAGGCCCACAGCUCUACCCUGCCCAGGGUGCAUCACACCCAGCCAGCCUCGGCUCCUCCAGCGGCCCCCUUUGGAGGUCUCCGCAGCUCCCUGUCCGGAGAGGAGCACCAGGGAGGAGGGCGUCUGGGUGCCAUCUCCCCCAUCCACGCCGCCCAGCAGAUGGCAGAGAUGGCGUGCGCUGCCUCCAUGGUGGAGGAGGUGCCCUGUUGCCCGCUGGUCAUGCCCCUGUCCCUGAAUGUGAGUUGUGAUGCCCAAGGGGGCUCAACUCCUCUCACCCCUCUGCCCCCCCAGGACCCCUCUACUUCCUCAGCCAGAGAGUCCCUACAACUCUCCUACCCCUCCAUUUCCCGCAGCGACCGCCCCCAGCAGCCCGUGGUGCUCCAGCAGCCUUUCUCCUCAGUGGGCGGAGCCAAGGUCCCCUCGUUGCCCCAGAGCCCCGCCCCCCACCAGCACACGGCAGGGGGGCCCAGUGAGUCGGACGGGGAGGGUCGAGGGGUGGGGGGUCGGGGGGGCUUUGUGGACAGCACCAUCAAGACUCUGGACGAGAAGCUGAGGAACCUGCUGUACCAGGAGUACGCCCCCAUGUACCCAUCAGGCACUGCUGCGGAGACACCUGGCUCAGGGACAGAGUACGUCCAGUCCCCUCCUGGGCCCGACAGUGCCACCCUGGGGUCAGGAAACAGCACCCCUGGACCCAUGGGGGAAGGGCGCUACCGGACAGGGGAACAGCUGGUAAACACAGAACAUGUCAUCCAUAGAACUCAUAGAAAACAUUCCAAAUGACACCAUAUUUUCUAAAUAGUGCAGUACUUUUGACCAGAGCCCUAUGGGCUCCAUUUGGGACUCAAACAUACUUUCCGUUCUGAGAUUAUAUAUUUUUUCUUUACCCACACCCCAGACUACAUGUAAAGUAAAUGCAAUCUAUCGAUACCAUUCAUCCUUACAUGUUGGCCAUUCUCCCUUUAAAACGACUGCACUAUAUUCUCUCCCUGUCAACCCCCACUCCAUACCCUCUCUUUCUCUGCUUCAAUCUUUUACCUUCUCUCUUUUCUCAACCCUCCCUCACCACUCUUUCUUUCAGCCUCAGAUUCCAGAGAGGAUGGACAGUUUAAGCGCCUUGAGUGAUUCUGCCGUGGGUGGUAUGUACACUACUGUGUUGUAUGUAGGCUACAAUAUUAUAGUGAUCCCUCUAACAGCUGUCUGGUGUGAAAGUGCAAAAUCACAAUAUAUUGUAGUUAUAAAGAGAACCUAGACAAUCUCUCUCAUUCUCUCUGUCUGCAGUCCCCAUGUCUAGGAGAAAGAACAUACUCCACUCUACCUCCUGCUCUGGCUCGGGCUCCAGUGGCCGGUCUAAGGUACUUUACUGUAUUACAUAUGUGACAGACCGCCUCGAUUCGGUCUUAUGUAGCAACAUUUGAAAUUGUGUUUUUUACAUUGGAUAAAAGUAGAGACUGUAUAAAUUGUAUAUCAUACACUGCAGUUGAGGAACAAUGGGAAAGUAAUUCUGCUUUGAAAGUUGAUAAACUUGUAACCCCACUUUUGAGAAAAUGGCCCUUGAAUGUUUUGGUAGACCUACUGGAGAGCUCUUCUUUGUCUACACCGAUUCAGCAUCGUUCACACCCUCUUAAGCCUUAGCCCCACUCAUCUCUUUAAGGAUUCACAUGUGAGGCCAUGUGGUAAACACACGCUGUAUCAAAUAAAAGUUUAUUUGUCACAUGCACAGGAUACAGAAGGUGUAAACGGUACAGUGAAGUGGUUACUUGCAUAGUAGCAAUAUCAAAAACAGAAAGUGUCCAGAUAAAAAUAUUUUAUACAUAUUUUAUCAUUAUUAGAUGACGCUUACCCGACACACUUGUCUAAAUUGAUGGGUCAUGUGAAGGAAAUGCUAUAACCACACCCCAGCCACAUCUAGCUAAGUGGAUUGGUCACCAUUGUCUAGACAUGUACAUCUGUUCAUGAAAUACAAUAGAUGGCUGUAAUCAACCCCAGACACACCUGGCUAAUUUGAUGGGUCAUGUAAUAAUCCGGCCGAAGGUGAGUAUUUUGUUUAGACAGGUAGCUAGCUAAACAAUGAACCGGCAUAAUCCCAACUCAUACUACUACCAAUACAAACAUUGUCAUAGCUGUAGUAUGAAUCUACAGGUAGCUAAAGCUAACAAACUAGGUUCAAUGUUAGCUAUGCAAAUGGAUUUCUGAUUCGAAUUAUAUUAAUACACAUAUCAUACACGUAACAUUAGCUAGCGAGCCAGCAAGCUAAUGUUUGCUAGCUAACUAACAGUACGCUUUUUAACUUUCUGACAAAAUUAGGAAUUUAUAUCUGAAAAUGUAGCUAGAGUCUUACCCAUAUACAUGGAUGAACUCUUCACGGUAGACUGGAACCAUUUAACUCAGUUUUGUUUGGACCUACAUCUUGUUUGGCCAGCAUUGUGUCAAGUCACUCCGGUUCACACUGACCGUGGCGUGUGCAGAAAGUAGCCCAUCACUUUUUCCAACUGAUCUGUCGAUAGCGCCUGCUAAAUUCAGGGCAUCAAUGUUGUUGAGAAAAGUAGCAACACUUUUGUAGUUCGAUGGCUAACAUUAUAUCUUUCAAAAACAGCGCGGUAGAAAGGACUGUCAACACAUACUGAGCAGCUCCCAUUAUAAACAGAAGCAUGCUACAUGGCAGACCAAUCCAAACUCAUCUCCCGGCAUGUCCAGCCCAUCCAUUAUCUCAGCCAAUCAUGGCUAGCGGGAAGGUUGCUGUCUUUUCCGUGACUAAACCAACUAGGCUCCUAAUUUAACAAUUUUAUUCGUAUUCAUGGAUGGAAUACAAGUUUGGUAUUGAGACUCAUGAAAGUUCACAUGUUCCAGAAGCCUUUUCUGCCAAAAAACGCAGUUUACGUUUAAAUGCCGCUCCUGUGAAGUAGUGAAGGGUGACAUACGCCUAGUUUCCUGAAACAAGUCACAUAUUUGUUCCCAAUAGUCAUUAUCCACUACUACCUCUAGAGGUGCAAUACCUCUUAGUCACGCCUACAUACAAUGCCCGACUAUUGGACGUUUUCAAAUAUAACUUAUUUCUUAAAGCGUCUUAUAAAGUUUGUUUUGUAGAGUAAACGGCCAUUGUGGUAUUUUAGACCGAUAUUAUAAUUACCUGCAAAGGUAUUAACUUGUAAGUGGCUCUUUAAACAAUAACUUUGUCAUUGCUGUUGUCAUCCAUGUCUUUAGAUUAUCAUAAGCCCUCCUGACAUGGUGACAGGAGGAGAGCUGAAGCAGAGGAGUUGGAGCAGCGCUGCCUCCCCGGCACACCCUGCUGGCCACUUAUCAGACCACCGCAGCAGUGCCCAGGCAAUGGCCAUGGCCCCCUCCACCACCAUCGGACGCUUCUCCGUGGUCAGCAUCGAGGACGACGUCACCCUGAGGACCCGCGGCAGCCGCUACUCCGCCCCGCCCGAUUUCUACCUGGAUACACCCCCCUCCAUGGCCAAACGGGGGUCGCUGCCUCGCGCCUCCAUUACCACUUCCAUGUCUGUUGAUGUUACAGUCCACGCACACCCACGCUUCCUGUCAUCGGACUCGGGGGCGGAGAGUAGUCCCGCCAAGCUGGCCCCGGCCACGCCUUCACGGCACGGCCGCUUGGGGGAGCGGAGAGGAAGUGACCUCAUGAAGAGGGCGGUGGCCUUCCUGCGCCGUUCGGGCCGCAGUAGUAGUGUGCAGAGCUCUGAUUCGCCGAGCCGGCAGGGGGGCGUGCAUGGCUCGGCCUAUGUCAGUAGUGAUAACGACUCAGAGAUGGAGGACUCGGAUAUGAAGAGAGAGCUGACCAGACUCAAGGAGAAGUAAGUUGUGUGUGUGUGUCUAGAACAGUGGUUCCCAAACUUUUUUGCUUCGUGACCCACCAAUUGAAGUGUCUUUUGAGUCGCGACCCACCAUAGGGGUUGAGCGGUGAAAAAAAAUACACAGACCAAAGAAUAAUAAAAACAAAAUUGCAGUUUCAAAGCUAGUCUCUUGCAAUUCCACACAAUUCUAUAAAAACAUUUUUUAAGCUAAUUUCGUACGGUCUACGCAUUUUGACAUGGCUAAUGCUGUGUUCUUAUUCUUAAACAUUAUAACAAAAUCAAUGAGGGACUGAUUGUCUAGCUUUUACUUUGUUGAUUGUAAAUUCUCAAAGAAUAGCUCCAUUAUCUUUUCUACAUACUUUCUAUUUGGUUCUAGUCAUUUAUGUUUACACUGAAAGCGUUUUUCUUUCAGUUAUUUUAUUUAUAUUUUUGGGGGCAAUGUCAUCCCGCGACCCACUUUGGACCCCUGCCACGACCCAGAAGUGGGUCCCGACCCAUAGUUUGGGAACCACCUUACCCUUUAUCUAAACCUUUCUCUCCUCCCCCUCCCCACCAGGCAUUUGAAGGAGAUCUCGGAGCUGCAGGCCCACCAGAGAGUGGAGAUAGAGCUGUUGUACCGCAGGCUGGGUAAAGCCACUCCACCCCCCCUAGGUCUCUCCCACACAGCUCCCCCCAAGCGGAAGAGCAAGCACAAGCACAAACUGAAGGCUGGCAAACUCCUCAGUCCUCUGGUACAACAGCUGAGGAACGUCACCACCAAAACCAGUGAUUCUAGCAAAACCAGUGAGUAUGAGGGCAUCGAAACCAGUCACUCCACUGAUGGUGUUGAACUGAGAGAUACGCCUGGGAAUGAACCUGGCUUGAACCCAGCUUGUCUGCGCAACUUAAGAUUGCAUCAGCCAACUAAAGCCUGGGAAGGUCCUCAGGUCUCAUGCAAGUGAAUAGAGUAGCAGUUAAGUUGUAAUAUAUGGGCCGUGGUCAAAAUAAUUGCACUAAAUAGGGAAUAGGGUGCAAUUUGUGAUGCACUUUGUCUAUCUGUGCAGGUUUCUGUGUGUAGUAUUUAUAUUGGUCUGUGUAGGUGAGCCUACAGUGAGUCUGAAUGGGUCUCCAGCAAAAGCUCCAAUCCAGUCAGACAUCAGAGCCCGUUCAGGUACCAGUCACCUGGCUACCUCCACCUCUGAGUCCGUCCAGACCCAGCAGCCCUGCUCCCUCAAGGGCUCCCUCUCCUCAGACAACAUCUACGCUGGAGCUGGACUACACGGAGACGGGACAGCUCCACCCACUCCACCAAGCCAAGGUGACCCACAAACUACAUGUCCCAACAUGCAAAAGGAGACACUAUCAGUAGAGUUUCCAAAUUCCGGUAACUUUCCCAAAAUUACCAGGUUUUCCAGAAAUGCUGGUUUGAGGAUUUCAGAUAUCCUGUUUAUUCCCUCCUGAUUCUGUGAAUUUUCCAACCGGGAGUUCUGGAAAAACUGGGAAUUUGGGGAAUGUGAUUGGAAUUUUGCAACCCUAACUACCUGUUUUAUUACAUUAAUUUCACCCAAAUUACAAGCAACAGAUACAGACAUACUCAUGUUUAGAGGAAGGGCUGCAAUGGGAUGCCUUAGCAAAUAUGUUUUAUAUGAUGGAACACAAAGUUACAUUGACCUUUAUCAGGCAUCUGCAGCCUUUAACAUAUGGUUCUGAUAGGUUGCUGUUCAAACUCAUCUCUAAUGCAGGUUCUGGUCAGAGCUGUGUGCUCUUCUUACCCUGGUGUUCUGUGUCUCCUCUCCUCCUUUCCUCUUCUCCUCCUCUCCACAGGCUGGUCCGCUUACCCUCCACCGCCUGAGAGAGUGACCUAUAAAUCCAGUAGCAAACCACGCGCUAGAUUCCUCAGUGGGCCUGUGUCUCUGUCUAUCUGUUUGUAUCUCCUCCUCUCCUCCAUUGCUCCACCACUCCACCACUCACUCUGCUUCUCGUCCUCCUCCACUGCUCUCCUUCCUCUCCUCCUCUUCUCAUGUCUUCCUCUUCUUCUCUCCUCCUUGCCUCUCCUUCUCUUUACCCAGAGUCAAAUGACUUAGAAAAUAUGUUUUAAAAAAACACACACACAAAAACACUGUUUUCCAGACUUUGAGAUUACGUUAAUUUUCUGUUCUGAAUGAAAGUUGAAAAGACGUAUUUUCCGGACAUUGAAAAUACAUUUUUUUCCGGGCAAUGAAAAUAUGUAUUUUUUGGGUUAUUGUUUCUAUGGCCAUAUUUCAACCGUACAUAAUUGUACUUAUAUGUAAAUGUUAAUGAAGAAAGCAAUAUAUCACAUUACAGGAAAAUUGAGCAAAAUGAAGAUUGCAGUAUAGAAUGAGGUAGUCCCCUGGAAUGUAUUUCAAUUAACAGGUGUGCCUUGUUAAAAGUUAAUUUGUGGAAUUUCUUUCCUUAAUGCGUUUGAGCCAAUCAGGAGUGUUGUGACAAGGUAGGGGUGGUAUACAGAAGAUAGCCCUAUUUGUUAAAAGACCAAGUCUAUAUUAUGGCAAGAACAGCUAAAAUAAGCAAAGAGAAACGACAGUCCAUCAUUACUUUAAGACAUGAAGGUCAGUCAAUCUGGAAAAUGUCAAGAACUUUGAAAGUUUCUUCAAGUGCAGUCGCAAAAACCAUCAAGCGCAAUGAUGAAACUGUCUCUCCUGAGGACCGCCACAGGAAAGGAAGACCCAGAGUUACCUCUGCUGCAGAGGAUAAGUUCAUUGGAGUUACCAGCCUCAGAUUGCAGCCCAAAUAAAUGCUUCACAGAGUUCAAGUAACAGACACAUCUCAACAUCAACUGUUCAGAGGAGACUGCGUGAAUCAGGCCUUCAUGGUCGAAUUGCUGCAAAGAAACCACUACUAAAGGACACCAAUCAGAAGAAGAGACUUGAGCUUGGGCCAAGAAACACGAGCAAUGGACAUUAGACUGGUGGAAAUCUGUCCUUUGGUCUGAUGCGUCCAAAUUUGAGAUUUUUGGUUCCAACCGCUGUGUCUUUGUGAGACACAGAGUAGGUGAAUGGAUGAUCUCCGCAUGUGUGUUUCCCACCGUGAAGCAUGGAGGAGGAGGUGAGGGAGUGCUUUUCUGGUGACACUGCCUGUGAUUUAUUUAGAAUUCAGGGCACACUUAACCAGCAUUGCUACCACAGCAUUCUGCAGCGAUACGCCAUCCCAUCUGGUUUGCGCUUAGUGGGACUUUGUUUUUCAACAGGACAAUGACCCAAAACACACCUCCAGGCUGUUUAAGGGCUAUUUGACCAAGAAGGAGAGUGAUGGAGUGAUGCAUCAGAUGACCUGGCCUCCACAAUCACCCGACCUCAACCCAAUUGAGAUGGUUUGGGGUGAGUUGGACCUCAGAGUGAAGGAAAAGCAGCCAUCAAGUGCUCAGCAUAUGUGCAAACUCCUUCAAGACUGUUGGAAAAGCAUUCUUCAUGAAGCUGGUUGAGAGAAUGACAAGAGUGUGCAAAGCUGUCAUCAAGGCAAAGGGUGGCUACUUCGAAGAAUUUCAAAAAAUAUAUAUAUUUUGAUUUGUUUAACACUUUUUUGGUUACUACAUGAUUCCAUAUGUGUUAUUUCGUAGUUUUGAUGUCUUCACUAUAAUUCUACAGUGUAAAGUAGGAGUGUCCAAACUUUUGAAUGGUACUGUACGUCUAUGAUUGGUUCACAUUUGGUAUGAUCAGGACUAAAAUCAACGUCUAUGGACGCUGAAAUCAAGGCUGGUUCUGGGCCGGAUCAAAUAACGACGUCUGUGGAUGUUGAAGUCAAGGCCUUGUUGUACUGACCAUUUAAAAAAUAAGAAGUCCGGAUGUCCUCAUCCUCUAGCUCGUUUUUUAAAUAUUUUUUUCAUCCCACCCUCUCCCCUGUGUCCCUCUGAUUCUCUGAACUACAGUGAAUUGUCUCUCUCUGUCUGUUGUGCUUGGCUGAAGAGUAGUGGAUGUACGGUAUAGUAGUAAUGCACUGCAGCAGUACUGUGUGCUCAGCUCACUCUCACUCUCUGCUCCUGUCUGUCUGUCUGUCUGUCUGUCUGUCUGUCUGUCUGUCUGUCUGUCUGUUUGUCUCUGCCUCUCUGCCCUUGCAGUCCUGCCUAGUGGACCCUGUCUGCAUGGCUACACACAGCCACUGUUAUGUUGCGCCCUGUUGGUUACGAGCUCUCUCUCUCUUUUGUUCUCUCUCUCUCAGACCUCUCACCAUUCUGUGGCUCACUUCUAGAGUGACUGCAUGAUAGGCUGUCCAGCCGUAUUCAGAUAGUUGCCUAAACCGUGCUUUCCCACAGUGUUAUGUAUAUGAUGAUGUUGCAUCUGGCUUUUGAGCAGAUCUUUGUAGCAACGUGACUGUAUGUUUGAACUCUAUGUGUGUUUAUGUCUUCAUGCUGCAUGGAGUCCUAACUCUGUUUGUCUCCUAGGGUCAACUCUGAAACGACUCUGCCUUGGUAAAGAGCGUGGUAGGGGUAAGUAUAACUUGCAGCAAAGACAUUAGCCAUUUGGAGAAUUCCUAACUAUUUGUUGUAUUUAUUUAUUCAUUCAUUUAUUUAUUAUUGUAGCUAAUCAUGUACCCUGUUUUCUUUCCUCAAAGUUCCUCUCAUAAGUAAGAGUACAAGGACAUUUCAUUAGAUUAGAAUGCAUUUUAUAAACAAGAGGAGCCAUCUAGUGUUCAUUUUAGCUACAUUUACUUAGAUAACAUGUUUCAGCAACAGGGCUAGUUGGAACCAGAGUAUGUGAUCAGAGUUGAGCAGUCGGAAAUCCCGCUCAUCUCUCGCUCAUGUCCUUUCCAACCGCUCCAACCACUCCGAUAAAAACCGCUCCUCCCUUACAGGAAGAAAAGCUGCCGCUCCAUUCAUUAAAAUCACCAUUUAACCAACACCCAUCCAAUUCUGUGACUACCUGGACCUACCAUUUGGUUUUGAAGUAUUGAAACCAAACCAUAUGAUUUGAAUGAAAAUUAUUUUAAUAAACAACAUGAAAAGGUGACUGUAAGAAGUGCUCAUCAUUUGAAAUAGGCUACAUAUACACACUGUAAAUAGGUCAGGAGCCAGACAGGUCGCCUAAGAAGGAACGGAAAUGUAUUAUUUAGGCUAUAUUAUUAGCCUAUUAUUUCAAGGCUAUAGCCUACAAAGAAAUACAUUGUGAAGCAUUUGCGAGUACAACACACUAGGCUGGCAGGAAUAUUAUAGCGCUCAGCAUUUAAACUACAUUUCGUUGUAUUAAAUCAUUAUAGUCUAUAAAUUGUGCAUAUAGGCUGUGACUUACUUAGAAUUAAAUGCAAAUGAAGCGAAAAAUGCCUUAUUAGGCUCAGUCUACAGUGCCAUUGAAUUCAUUUUUAGAAACACGAGUUUGGCCAAAGUCUGGCUUCAGGGUCAUGCGAUGGUGCUGUAGACUGAGAAUACCCUCUCCACGCUUACAGAGCCACUGGGGAUGCUACACACUCCUCAGGCCACUCUUGCCAGGCUGGGCAGGGAUGCAGAGUUUUUAAUGUAUUUUUCUAUAGGUAGGCCUAAAGGUUUUUAGGCAAAAUAACCCUAUCAAAACAGAAAGCUCCUUGAAAUAGGUAUUGUAAUAUGUCAGGCCUGUUGGGCCAAAAUCAAUUAUAGCCUAUUGUAUAGAUAAUAUGACUUUUAAGAGACUUUGCUACAAUGACACACUUAGCUAGCUACCCACCUCAUUCCUUUCUGUUAGCAUGUGCACUUGGUAAGUACACCAUCAUGCUUUCGGGAUACAUGUCUUUUCAAAUUCCAAAGUUAUUCUUUAGUUGUGGACACUACAUCACCACACUCUCUCUCUUGCUCUUGGUCCUCCUCAUCUUUGUAAGUCACCUUGUUUUUGCACCUGUGUGUUUUAUCAGUUUCUUUAUAAAAAUAUUUACCGAACUCCAUGACAGCAAGGGGCUAUAGCAGCACACAAGUAGCCUACAAAUGCAUGCCGGGCCGGGCAAGCCCUGAGCUCCUGAAGCGAGCGGUAAUGGAGAGAAAUUGGAGCGGGUGAGAUGGCCGACGCUCCAGCCUUUGGGAAACUCGCUCCGCGUUCCAAAUUGCGCACUCCUAGCUCUGCUCCAGCUCCGCUCACAUACUGUGGUUGGAACUUGAGGCAGGGUCUAAACAGUAUGUCCAUCUCCCAGGGACUGGAUCAGGCCCAGGUGCAUCCAACCAGCCGUCCCAACAACAGACAGCCAGCUCCACCCCUCCUCCCCACCAGCCAAUAGCAGGGUUGGCCCAAGCCCAGGCCAACAACAGCAACAACAAGACAGGCACCUACACCGGCACUUACCCUGGCGCCUACACAGGCUCCUAUGCAGGGUCCUUCACAGACGACCUCCACAGGCUGGUAGAUGACUGGGCCAUGGAGGCCCUGGCUGUCUCCUGGCGGCCGCGGCCCAGUUCCCUCAGCCUCAGUUGGCAGCCGCUUUGGAACGACGACCCCAUGGGGCCCAGAACCAUAGCCAGACUGGCCAGCACUCCAGAUGUGAGUAGUUGUUGGAUACGGUAUGUAUCUGUGUUUAACUGUUUAUGUACUACGCAUUAUUUAUUAGUAGGGGUGUAGCUAAAUGGGUUCAAAUAGUGUUUGUUUUCUUUAAAAUUAUAAAAUUAUUUAACUGCACUGAUCAUUUCUGGCACAAUAGAACCAGGGUGGGAAAUGUACUUUUUGGUCUACCAGCCACUGUGGUAGGUAGAUGAAAAAAUCUACCAGCCACUCAGAUUUUUCACCAGCCAAAAUAUUUUCCUGCCAUAAUUACACACACACAAAAAAAAAAUGAUCACCAUGCUUUGUAAUAUUUGUUAAACAAGAAAUGUAUUACCAGUAAUAAGUAAUGUGUUAUAUUGCUCAAUUAAAUUAAAUGUUUGUGGCCAGAAUAUUUUAUCCAAUGUACAGUAUGUUAAAAUAAAUAAUUUCAAAAUCAAAUCAAAUCAAAUAUUCUUUGUCACAUGCGCCGAAUACAACAGGUGUAGACCUUACCGUGAAAUGCUUACUUAGAAGCCCUUAACCAACAAUGCAGUUCAAGAAAUAGAGUUAAGAACAUAUUUACUAAAUAAACUAAAGUAAAAAAUAAAUUAAAAGUGACACAAUAAAAUAACAAUAACAAGGCUAUAUACAGGGGGUACCAGUACUGAGUCAAUGUGUGGGGAUACAGGUUAGUCGAGGUAAUUUGGACAUGUAGGUAUGGGUAAAGUGACUAUGCAUAGACAAUAAACAGCGAGUAGCAGCAGUGUAAAAACAAAAGUGGGGGAGGUGUCAAUGUAAAUAGUCCGGGUGGCCAUUUGAUUAAUUGUUCAGCAGUCUUAUGUCUUGGGGGUAGAAGCUGUUAAGGAGCGUUUUGGACCUAGACUUGGCCUUCCUCUGACACUGCAUAGUAUAUAGGUCCUGGAUGGCAGGAAGCUUGGCCCCAGUGAUGUACUGGGCCGUACGCACUACUCUCUGUAGUGCCUUAUGGUCGGCUGCCGAGCAGUUACCAUACCAGGCAGGAUGCUCUCGAUGGUGCAGCUGUAUAACUUUUUUGUGGAUCUGGGGACCCAUGCCAAAUCUUUUCAGUCUCCUGAGGGGGAAAAGGCGUUGUUGUGCCCUCUUCACGACUGUCUUGGUGUGUUUGGACCAUGAUAGUUUGUUGGUGAUGUGGACACCAAGGAACUUGAAACUCUCUACCUGCUCCACUACAGCCCCGUCGAUGUGAAUGGGGGCGUGUUCGGCCCUCUUUUUCCUGUAGUCCACGAUCACCUCCUUUAUCUUGCUCAAAUUGAGGGAGAGGUUGUUGUCCUGGCACCACACUGCCAGGUCUCUGACCUCCUCCCUAUAGGCUGUCUCAUCGUUGUCGGUGAUCAGGCCUACCACUAUUGUGUCAUCAGCAAACUUAAUGAUGGUGUUGGAGUCGCGCUUGGCCACGCAGUCGUGGGUGAACAGGGAGUACAGGAGGGGACUAAGCACACACCCCUGAGGGGCCCCCGUGUUAGGAUCAGCAUGGCAGAUGUGUUGUUGCCCACCCUUACCACCUGGGGGUGGCCCGUCAGGAAGUCCAGGAUCCAGUUGCAGAGGGAGGUGUUUAGUCCCAGGGUUCUUAGCUUAGAGAUGAGCUGUGUGGGCACUAUGGAGUUGAAUGCUGAGCUGUAGUCAAUGAACAGCAUUCUCACAUAAGUGUUCCUUUUGUCCAGGUGGGAAAGGGCAGUGUGGAAUGCGAUUGAGAUUGCGUCAUCUGUGGAUCUGUUGGGGCGGUAUGCGAAUUGGAGUGGGUCUAGGGUUUCCAGGAUGAAGGUGUUGAUGUGAGCCAUGACCAGCCUUUCAAAACACUUCAUGGCUACCGACGUGAGUGCUACUGGGCGUUAGUCAUUUAGACAGGUUACCUUCGCUUCCUUGGGCACAGGGACUAUGGUGGUCUGCUUGAAACAUGUAGGUAUUACAGACUCAGUCAGGGAGAGGUUAAAAAUGUCAGUGAAGACACUUGCCAGUUGGUCCGUGCAUGCUCUGAGUACACGUCCUGGUAAUCCGUCUGGCCCCGCAGCCUUGUGAAUGUUGACCUGUUUAAAGGUCUUGCUCACAUCGGCUACGGAGAGCGUGAUCACACAGUCGUCCAGAACAACUGGUGCUCUCAUGCAUGCUUCAGUGUUGCUUGCCUUGAAGCGAGCAUAAAAGGCAUUUGGCUCGUCUGGUAGGCUUGCAUCACUGGGCAGCUCGCGGCUGGGUUUCCCUUUGUAGUCCGUAAUAGUUUGCAAGCCCUGCCACAUCCAACGAGCGUCAGAACCGGUGUAGUAGGAUUCAAUCUUAGGCCUGUUUUGACGCUUUGCCUGUUUGAUGGUUCGUCUGAGGGCAUAGCGGAAUUUCUUAUAAGCGUCCGGAUUAGUGUCCUGCUCCUUGAAAGCAGCAGCUCCAGCCUUUAGCUUGGUGCGGAUGUUGCCUGUAAUCCAUGGCUUCUGUUUGGGAUAUGUACGUACGGUCACUGUGCGGACGACUUUGUCGAUGCACUUAUUGAUGAAGUGACUGAGGUGGUAUACUCCUCAAUGCCAUUGGAUGAAUCCCGGAACAUAUUCCAGUAUGUACUAACAAAACAGUCCUGUAGCGUAGCAUCCGCAUCAUCUGACCACUUCCGUAUUGAGCGAUUCACUGGUACUUCCUGCUUUAGUUUUUGCUUGUAAGCAGGAAUCAGGAGGAUAGAAUUAUGGUUGGAUUUGCCAAAUGGAGGGCGAGGGAGAGCUUUGUAUGUGUCUCUGUGUGUGGAGUAAAGGUGGUCUAGAGUUUUAUUUCCCUCUGGUUGCAUGUGACAUGCUGGUAGAAAUGAGGUAAAACGGAUUUAAGUUUGCCUGCAUUAAAGUCCCCGGCCACUAGGAGCGACGCUUCUGGAUGAGCAUUUUCUUGUUUGCUUAUGGGCCUUAUACAGCUUGUUGAGUGCAGUCUUAUUGCCAGCAUCGGUUUGUGGUGGUAAAUAGACGGCUACGAAAAAUAUCGAUGAAAACUCUCUUCGUAGAUAGUGUGGUCUACAGCUUAUCUUGAGGUACUCUACCUCAGGCGAGCAAUACCUCGAGACUUCCUUAAUAUUAGACAUCACGCACCAGCUGUUAAAGACAAAUAGACACACACCACCACCCCUCGUCUUACCAGACGUAGCUGUUCUGUCCUGCCGAUGCACGGAAAACCCAGCCAACUGUAUAUUAUCCGUGUCGUCGUUCAGCCACAACUCGGUGAAACAUAAGAUAUUACAGUUUUUAAUGUCCCGUUGGUAGGAUAGUCUCGAAUGGAGAUCAUCCAGUUUAUUCUCCAGUGUUUGCACGUUGGCCAAUAGAAUGGAUGGUAGAGGCGGGUUACCCACUCGCAGACGAAUUCUCACAAGGUACCCCGAUCUCCACCCCCCUGUAUUUCCAUAUUUUCUUCACGCGAAUGACAGGGAUUUGGGCCUGGUCUCAGAGAAGCAGUAUAUCCUUCGCAUCGGACUCAUGUCGUGGAAAUUCUUACACAGGGACACUCGAAGUCAAUCUUAAAUCAAUCAUUGUUUAUUGUCAGCGCUGGAGAGGUUCCAACAAACUUAAUGCACCAUAGUGAACGUCUGUCAGAACCUCUAACGGGGCAGUCCCGUUAGUUCCCUUAUAUACUGACAAGUCAUAUUUGCAUGAUUUAGCUUAUUCAUCAUUAAUUAAUCAUUAACAUUUGCUUCAUUCAUGUGUUCUGACCAAUACUGGGUCAUACAUGUGACCAAUACCUCACAAGGCUUCUUCUCUCUAAGCUGAGACCUUGAAACUGAGAUAUCCCUUUCUCUAAACAAGGUUCUGGGCAUAAUGCCAAAUUGCAGACACUGAUAGUGAGGAUUCGUUCAAUCAGUCACUUGCAUGAACACAGAAAUUGGUUUAUAGAAAAGUACAAACAUAGAACAUAGAAAUUGGUAAAUAGAAAAGCACCAACAUAAACAUUUCCAUCACACUCUUUAAAGAAAAAAUCUUUGUCCAGUUCGAGGUGAGUAAUCGCUGUUCUGAUAUCCAGAAGCUAUUUUCGGUCAUAAGAGAUGGUAGCAGCAACAUUAUGUACAAAAUAAGUUAGAAACAAUGCGAAAAAACACACAAAAUAGCACAGUUGGUUAGGAGCCUGUAAAACGGCAGCCAUCCCCUCCGGCACCAUUCUCUCUAUUAGAUACAAUCGUUUUUACUAUUAGAUACAAUAGUGAAAACAGAUAAACAGUUCUAUAACUGAGCAUUAAGAAUCAACAAAGUGCCUGCCCUACCACACAAUGCUGAGUGAUACGUCUUAUUUAUUAUUAUAAACUGGGUGGUUCGAGCCCUGAAUUCUGAUUGGCUGGCAGCGGUGGUGUAUCAGACUGUUUAUGGUAACCAGUUUAUAAUAGCAAUAAUGCACCUCAGGGGUUUGUGGUAUAUGGCCCAUAUACCACAUCCCCUUGGGCCUUAUUGCUUAAUUAUAGUCCAGGGCUAAGCUGCCAUUUUUUACCAGGACUACAUAAAUUGAAAUUUAGAAGCACACAAAUAAGUAUAGGAGCACAAUAAAAGUAUUUUGGUGUUUUAAUGAUAGUCAAGCACAAUGUACCCCCAAAUAUUUGAGUCAUUAGGGGUGUGUUCGUAAAUUCACUCUGGAGUGCCAUAGUGCGCUCUGGCAAUUCAUAAAUUCAGAGCUUUGUCAGAUUGUCCAUUAGUAAAUUCAGUGCGUUUCACAGGGCCGGUCCUUGCCGUUCUGCCGACAUAGGCGUGACAAAAAAAUGCCGCACCCCGCAAAACUAGAAUAGUCCCAGUAAGCAAAAUGACGUUGAAAAAACCCCCCCUAAAAGACGUAUUUUCCAGACGUUGAAGUUAGGUUCAAUUUAGGUUCUGAAUGAAAGGUGAAAAGAAACUUGAUGUACUGUAGUACAAGUCUGUCAGGAGCUCUCCCGGGGCAGUCCCGUUAGAUCUCAUAUAUACUGGUUACAGACACGUUAAAUAGGCAUAGUUCAUAGGGUUGGUUCCGGCAUGUGUCUGGCACCGUCUCCUAUCUUAACUUAAAUCAAAUCAAAUCAAAUCAAAUGUUUUUGGCCACAUGAGCCAAAUACAACAGGUGCAGACAUUACAGUGAAAUGCUUACUUACAUCCCUGAACCAACAGUGCAUUUAUUUUUAAUAAAAAAGUAAAAUAAAACAACAACAAAAAAGUAUUGAGAAAAAAGAGAAGAAGUAAAAUAAAAUAACAGUAGGGAGGCUAUAUAUACAGGGGGGUACCGGUGCAGAGUCAAUGUGCGGGGGCACCGGCUAGUUGAGGUAGUUGAAGUAAUAUGUACAUGUGGGUAGAGUUAAAGUGACUAUGCAUAAUAAUUAACAGAGUAGCAGCAGCGUAAAAAGAUGGGGUGGGAGUUGGGGUGGGGGGGCAGUGCAAAUAGUCCUGGUAGCCAUGAUUAGCUGUUCAGGGGUCUUAUGGCUUGUUGAAGCUGUUGAGAAGUCUUUUGGACCUAGACAUGGCACUCCGGUACCGCUUGCCAUGCGGUAGCAGAGAGAACACUCUAUGACUAGGGUGGCUGGAGUCUUUGACAAUUUUGAGGGCCUUCCUCUGACACCAUAUUGGUAUAGAGGUCCUGGAUGGCAGGAAGCUUGGCCCCAGUGAUGUACUGGGCCGUACGUACUACUCUCUGUAGUGCUUUGCGGUCGGAGGCCAAGCAGUUGCCAUACCAGGUGGUGAUGCAACCAGUCAGGAUGCUCUCGAUGGUGCAGCUGUAUACUUUUUUGAGGAUCUGAGGACCCAUGCCAAAUCUUUUCAGUCUCCUGAAGGGGGAAUAGGCUUUGUCGUGCCCUCUUCACGACUGUCUUGGUGUGUUUGGACCAUGAUAGUUCGUUGGUGAUGUGGACACCAAGGAACUUGAAGCUCUCAACCUGUUCCACCACAGCCCCGUCGAUGAGAAUGGGGGCGUGCUCAGACCUCUUUUUUUUCCUGUAGUCCACAAUCAUCUCCUUUGUCUUGGUCACGUUGAGGGAGAGGUUGUUAUCCUGGCACCACAUGGCCAGGUCUCUGACCUCCUCCCUAUAGGCUGUCUCAUCGUUGUCUGUGAUCAGGCCUACCACUGUUGUGUCGUCUGCAAACUUUUAAUGAUGGUGUUGGAGUCGUGCUUGGCCAUGUAGUCAUGGGUGAACAGGGAGUACAGGAGGGGACUGAGCACGCACCCCUGAGGGGGCCCCCGUGUUGAGGAUCAAUGUGGCAGAUGUGUUGUUACCUACCCUUACCACCUGGGGGCGGCCCGUCAGGAAGUCCAGGAUCCAGUUGCAGAGGGAGGUGUUUAGUCCCAGGAUCCGUAGCUUAGUGAUGAGCUUUGAGGGCACUACGGUGUUAAACGCUGAGCUGUAGUCAAUGAAUAGCAUUCUCACGUAGGUGUUCCUCUUGUCCAGGUGGGAAAGGGCAGUGUGGAGUGCAAUAGAGAUUGCAUCAUCUGUGGAUCUGUUGGGGCGGUAUGCAAAUUGGAGUGGGUCUAGGGUUUCUGGGAUAAUGGUGUUGAUGUGAGCCAUGACCAGCCUUUCAAAGCACUUCAUGGCUACAGACGUCAGUGCUACGGGUCAAUUAGGCAGGUUAUCUUAGUGUCCUUGGGCACGGGGACUAUGGUGGUCUGCUUGAAACAUGUUGGUAUUACAGACUCAGUCAGGGACAUGUUGAAAAUGUCAGUGAAGACACUUGCCAGUUGGUCAGCACAUGCUCGGAGUACCCGUCCUGGUAAUCCGUCUGGCCCUGCGGCCUUGUGAAUGUUGACCUGCCUAAAAGUCUUACUCACAUCGGCUACGGAGAGCGUGAUCACAUAGUAAUCCGGAACAGCUGGUGCUCUCAUGCAUGCUUCAGUGUUGCUUGCCUCGAAGCGAGCAUAGAAGUGGUUUAGCUCGUCUGGAAGUCUUGUGUCACUGUGCAGCUCGCGGCUGUGCUUCCCUUUGUAGUCUGCAAUAGUUUUCAAGCCCUGCCACAUCUGACGAGCGUCAGAGCCGGUUUGUAGUACGAUCAAUUUAGUCCUGUAUUGACUCUUUGCCUGUUUGAUGGUUCGUCGGAGGGCAUAGCGGGAUGUUCUUUAAGCGUCCGGGUUAGAGUCACGUUCUUUGAAGCGGGCAGCUCUACCCUUUAGAUAGGCUCGAGUUGCGGAUUGUUUCCUGUUAAUCCAUGGCUUCUGUCGUUGGGGUAUGUACGUACGGUACUGUGGGGACGAAUCAUUGUGCACUGAUUGAUGAAGCCAGUGGACUGAGUGGUGUAUUCCUCAAUGCGAUCUGAAGAAUCCCGGAACAUGUUCCAGUCGGUGCUCGCAAAACCAGUCCUGUAGCUUAGCAUUCUGCGUCAUCUGAACCACUUUUUAUUAACCGAGUACACUGGUUGCUUCCUGCUUUAGUUUUGCUGAUAAGCAGGAAUCAGGGAGGGAUAGAGUUAUGGUCAGAUUUUGCCAAAUGGAGGGCGAGGGAGAGCUUUGUAUGCGUCUCUGUGUGGGAGUAAGGUGGUCUAGAGUUUUUUUUCCUAUGGUUGCACAUUUAACAUGCUGGUAGAAAUUAGGUAGAACGGAUUUAAGUUUCCCUGCAUUAAAGUCCCCGGCCACUAGGAGCGCUGCCUCUGGAUGAGCGUUUCCCUGUUCGCUAAUGGCCUUAUACAGCUCAUUCAGUGCAAUCUUAAUGCCAGCAUUGGUUUGUGGUGGUAAAUAGACAGCUAUGAAAAAUAAUGAUGAAAACUCUCUUGGUAAAUAGUGUGGUCUACAGCUUAUCAUAACAUACUCUACCUCAGGCGAUCAAAACCUUGAGACUUCCUUAGUAUUUGAUUUUGUGCACCAGCUGUUGUUUACAAAUAUACACAGACCGCCACCCCUUGUCUUACCAGAGUCAGCCAUUCUAUCCUGCUGAUUUGUAGCGUAUAGCCCGCUAGCUGUAUGUUGUCCAUGUCGUCGUUCAGCCACGACUCGGUGAAACAUAAGAUAUUACAGUUUUUAAUGUCCCGUUGGUAGGAUAACCGUAAUCUUAGGUCAUCCAAUUUAUUCUCAAAUGAUUGAAGAUUGGCUAAUAGGAUUUAUGGGAGAGGCAGUUUACUCGCUCGCCGUCGGAGCCUUACAAGGCACCCCGACCUACGUCCACGAUAUCUCUGUCUCUUUCUCAUGCGAAUGACGAGGAUUUGGGCCUUGUCGGGUGUCUGUAGGAUAUCCUUCGCGGCCACCUCGUUGAAGAAAAAAUCUUCGUCCAAUACGAGGUGAGUAAUCGCUGUCCUGAUAUCCAGAAGCUCUUUUUGGUUAUAAGAGACGAUGGCAGAAACAUUAUGUACAAAAUAAAUUACAAAUAACGCGGAAAAACACACAUAAUAGUACAAUUGGUUAGAGGGCUGUAAAAUGGCAGCCAUCUUCUCCGGCGCCAUUCUAAAUAAACAUAUUCUGGGCGUUCUGCCAGAUGGUCUUAAGGAGGGGGUCAUGUUUAUCAUUACCAAGCACAGGCAGGAACCAAGGAUUAUUUAUGAAACUAAAACAAGAUUAACAUUUUCAAGAUACAAUUUUCCAUCACAGGCAUCUUUUCCGGACAUUAAAAAAAUACGUAUUUUCCAGACGUUGAAAUCAGGUUCAUUUUCAGUUCUGAAUGAAAGUUCAAAAUACUUAUUUUCUGGAUGUUGAAAAUACGUAUUUUACAGACGUUGAAAAUAUGUUUUAUCCAGAUGUUGAAAACAGACUAAUUUUAGAUUAUUGUAACAUAUACACAGAGAGUCAGGAAACAGGUGCAGAAGGUGAGUUGAAUAAUAAUAAUCAUCAUGAAGAUAAUACAAAACAGGAGAAGCGUACUAAAUGUAACCAAAACCAAUUUAGCCUGAUGACUUAGGCUUAGUGAAGGCUAUAUGAAGGUAGAGUAAUCAGGGUGGUGAUGAAGUCCAGGUGUGGUAAACAAUGGGGAGCAGGUGUGCGCAAUGAUGGUUGCCAGGUGUGCGCAAUGUGGGGUGCCAGGACUGGGGGUUAGUAGACUGGCAAUGUCGAGUGGGGGAGCAGGGGUAGAUGUGACAGUACCCCCCGCAUAGGCGGGGCUUCCCACAAUGUCCAGGGGAGGCGGAGGGGUGUCGUGGGGGACGGCAUCAGUCCAGGUGACCAGGAACCACCGGCCUGAGGAGGGAAACAUGAAAAGAGUGUGAGAUCCAGUAGUUAGUGGGGAGCUGUAAUCUAUAUGUCACCUCGUUGACCCUCCGGAGGACCUUGAAGGGCCCCACAAACUGGGGGCUCAGCUUCUGGCAGGGCAUGUGGAGCGGGAGGUUCCUGGUGGAGAGCCAGACGCGAUCACCAGGAUGAACACAGGGAGCCUCAAUGCAGUGGUCGUCCACCUGAUCCUUAUGACGGUAGAUGGCGCGCUGGAGCCUUACGUGGGCGGAGUUCCACACCUCCUCUGCGUGCCGGAACCACUCGUCCACUGCAGUCUGGCUUGGAGUCCACGGAGCCAGGGCCGGCUGAAAUCCCAGGACGCACUGGAAGGGAGUCAACCCGGUGGAGGAGUGACGAAGUGAGUUCUGGGUGUAUUCCGCCCAGGGAAAGAACCGGGCCAACUCCCCCUGCCGGUCCUGGCAGGGCUCCUUAGGAACCUCCCCAACUCCUGGUUGGUCCUCUCCACCUGCCCGUUAGACUGAGGCUGAUACCCGGAUGUGAGGCUGACUGUGACCACCAAUUUCUCCAUGAAGGCUCUCCAUACCCGUGAUGUGAAUUGGGGGCCACGGUCGGAGACUAUGUCCUCCAGAAGGCAAUAGUGCCGGAAGACCUGCUGGAACAGUGCCUCCGGGACCUGGAGAGCGGUUGGGAGACCAGGGAUUAAACGGCAGGAUUUAGGGAAUAUGUCCACAACAACCAUAACAGGGGUGAAACCAUCAGACGGAGGGAGAUCCGUAACGAAAUCAAUGGACAGAUGGGACCAAGGACGCUGAGGCACAGCCGUGAUGGGGGAGGAGUUUCCCUGCUGGAGCGUGCCGGGAAGAUUUGGUUUGGACACAUAACGAGCAUGAAUUGACAAAGCGGGCGACAUCCUGUGCCAAGGUGUCCCACCAGUACUUUGCAGAGAUGGAUCAAAUAGUGUGGGUGAUACCUGGGUAUCCAGUGGCGAGGGAUGUGUGCGCCCAGGUCAACAGCCGAUCCUCCGUAGGGACGUAGAUGCGCUCAGGAGGACAGGGAGUAGGCACGGGUUCCCUCUCUAGAGCCUGGCGGAUGUCCAUAUCUACGUCCCAAAACACAGGACCAAUGAUAUGCGAGGACGUAAUGAUGGGCUAAAGGGCACUCACAGGGCUCUCAACCGACUUGGAACCACAAGGUAAGGGAAAGCAGGUCUUCCGACAUCCGGGUGCCCAGGCGGUGAUUUUCAUCCUCGACCAGGAUAUGGUGGGGUAUGACGUUGGAGCCACAGGAGGCCGAGGAUGACUUUGUGUACAGGAGCAGUGAUGAUGAGGAAGGGAAGGCUUUCUUGGUGCAUGGGUCCCACGGUGAGGGUGAGUGGUGCUGUGAUGUGCAUGAUAGUACCGGAUCCCAGUGGUUGUUUAUCCAUGGCUUGGAUUGGAAAAGGAGAGGAGAGCGGGUACACGGUGAUGUUCAGGGAGGAGAUAAGGGUUUGAUCGAUAAAAUUCCCCGCGGCACCAGAGUCCACUAGAGCUGUAGAGACAACACCUGAGGGACAGCCAGCCAGUGAAAUAGAAACCAGGUAGGGUUUGGUGGAAAACGAUGAUGAAGGAAUACUCACUUCUGGCCACCCUGGCUGGAGUUGGAAUAGUCGCUCACCUCCCUCUCUGCCCAUGGUAGAUGGUCGAAGACCGCCCUGAACAGAGCCAUGAAACCCUCGUAGGAACCCAGCUCUUCCUCUCCUCUCUCCCAGACGGCCGUAGCCCAUUCCAACGCCCGCCCAGUCAGAAGGGAAAUGACCGUGGCAACCUUGGACCUCUCGGUGGUGGGGGCUCCCGUCUGAUGAGAGAAAUAGAGGGAGCACUGGGGUAGGAAGCCACGGCAUUUGGAUAGAAUCCUGUCAUACUUGUCCGGGAGGGACAGAUGGGCAUCGCUGACCUGGGCGGACUGCUGGGUAGGCUGGGGGAUUGGCUCGCUGGGACGACUCGUGGCAGAAGGCCCUCCGCUAGUUGGAGGUGAAUCCUCUCGGGUGGUGUCGAGAAGGUAGGGCCUCAUCCAUAGCCGCACCCAGUUGUGCCAGUUGAUCGUGGUGUUGGCGGAUUAGGUGUCCUUGUUUGUCAACCAUCUGAGAGAUGUCCUUAUCUUCUACUGCUUCCGUUUUUGAAGAGGCAGUAUUCUGUAACUACUGCCUCUUCAAGGGCUAUAUGAAGGGAAAGUAAUUAGGGUGGUGAUGAAGUCCAGGUGUGCUAAACAAUGGGGAGCAGGUGGGAACAAUGAUGGUUGCCAGGUGUGCGCAAUGUGGGUUGCCAGGACCGGUGGUUAGUAGACCGGCGACGUCGAGCGCCGGAGUGGGAGUAGACAUGACAGUUCUGAAUGAAAGUUGAAAAUAAGUAAUUUAUAGAUGUCUGUGUUUGGGCCAAUUCAAGGCUGGUCCUGACCUGACAAAAUCGGAAUCAAACAUAGACGUCUAUGCUUGGUUCAGAUUUAGUCCGGACCAGAAAGCAAUGUCCGUGGAUGUGGAAAUCAAGGCCGGUCCGGAACUGCACCAAAAAAAGACGUCCAAAAGGUGUCGGCGUCGGUCCGUGCUUACUGAAGUGGAGCCUACAUUGUUGCUUGAAAUUGAAUGUUAUGAAUGCCCAUUUAUGUGGUAAGCCUACCAUUUGUAAAACACCAAAAAACUACGUCCGGACAGGACCAAAAAAAUAUGUCCAAAAGACGUCAGCUUGUGCUUACUGGGGUGUAGCCUACUAUGUCAGGCCCAAUUUAAUUUUAUGAAUGCCCAUCCGUGUGGUAGGCCCACCGUUUGUAAAACAGGCCAUUGCAUUGGCUUUGUUAGUCCUGUUUCCUGUGACUAAUCAAUUUGACUAUUUAAGCUCUGAAUAUCAGCUACCCAACUUUAUCAGGAGUUAUCGCGAGCCUAUUUGCAAUGUGUUUACACAGCGGGAAAUGCAGAAGUAUCUUCUUUUUCACUAUGAUCAGCUUGUCAAAAAUUGACGGGUACAAACUUGAAACCACAUAUCAUGAAAAUGGGGUGACACUCCUGGACAACAGUUGUGAUUGUCCAUUCCAUAUUGUCCAUGUUACUUUGACCUGUCCUGUUUUUUAGGGUAUGUUGUUUGUUAACAUAACGUUUUUAUUUUAUUGAGCGCCAUUCAGUUAAGGCUAUUUGAUCGGAGAAACCUGCAUGAUUUAAAGUGUCUGUCUCAUUACAUUGUCAUACAUUUUAUUUCCAGCCUGAAGGCUACAGAAAAGGCAAUAUCCUAUAUCUGCUACAUGAUUUAUGUUUGAUUAUUUUUGACGGAACGUUGGUGGAGCGCUGCAGAGAUGCGUCUCUCCAACAGCACCCUGGAGAGGCGUGCUGGGAAUGGACAAGCAAAAUAUUUUGCGCCCCUGCCUUUGAAAAAGUGGGCACAGCUUAUCAAAGGGCAGGCAUCAUUGCUCACCUAAAAAGCCCAUAUGCCACUGGUUGAGAAUUAUGUGAGGUGUUAUGUGUUGUUGUUGGAGGUGCGUCUUGGUCAGUUUAGCUCAGAAAAUGCCACCUUCUGCAAUCUGCCGCCAUAGGCUCAAUCCUGCCUAAUGAGCGGGCCGGCCAUGGCGUUUCGCUCUCUGAACGUUCAGAGCGCACACUGUAAGCUCUGGCUGAGGAGUAGGGUUGAUCCGAGCGUUCUGACCUCACAACCGCAGUCAAGCACCCAAGCUAACUGGCUAAAGUUGACUAGCUUGCUAGCUACUUCCAGACACACAUAAGAGAACACCUAACUCUGAUCAUUUUACUCACCCUAGCAAAGCUGGUUAGGCUGUUUUCAUGUUAUCUAGAGCGUUGGUGACUAACUGUGCUGCUGGCAACAAUAUAAUAACUUUUUUUGCCUACGUUUACUAAACAGCGGUCAUAUUCAACGGGUGUUGCGCGUUCGUAAAUUAAUCAGUUAUUCUGCACUCUUGCACACUCAGGCGAGAGUGCUCUAAAAAUCGGAGUAGAUAGCUAGAGUGAAUUUACGAACGCACCCUAAGUGAGACAAAACAUUUUUAUCUGCCCCUUUAAGGGGCGGGACGUUACCAUCAUAAUAGGCACUCGGUGUCUGUCACAGAUGAGAAUCUCUGCAUAGUCCCAGUCAGUGUUGACGUUUUUGUGGUUUUGUAGUCAAAUUGGGCUACUUUGAAAACUAUGUUGCGGGUGAAAAUGUAUUCGUGGCGGGUUUUGGGGCCACUUCUAAAUUGCACCGUGGCCACCAUGCCAUUCUCUUUAAAAAAAUAUAUAUAUAUUUCACUGUUACCUGCUGCUGCUGACUAUCAGGCAGUGAGCAGGCUGUUACUGAGUGAGUGAGUGAGUGAAGGUGUGAGUGAAUGAAUGGUGGGGAGGGGCGGGGGGGGUGUGUGUGCGUUGAGAGCAGAGGCAGCUGAGCCACGGAAACAGAGCAGCACGCGCGCACUUCGUGACAGCUGGUUACCAGUUGUAGGUAGGCUAUUUAGAUUGGUCAUUAUGGAGACACCCUUUUUCCAUAAAUCAUAUUAAUGCGCAAGAACUGAUAUAACAUCAACAAAGUAUUGGUAAACGACUUUAGGUGCACUAGGUGGUUUAAAGUAAACUGAAAUUCUAAUGUCGACUCUUCUUAUUGAUAACCGUAUCAAGCGAUGGGUUUUACUCAUGCUCAGUUCUAGGGUCUGGAGCGCUGCGCAAGUGGAAAUUUGAAAAGAAAGUUAUGGAACUCCCUCGCAUGCUUCUGUUAUGGGAGUAAGUCCACAAUGAAAUGAUAUUAAAUGUGGAGAAUGAUAUGGUACAUUUGCUUCUGUUGGCCUUCAAGUUAGCUAUUAAUUUCUAUGCCAUUGUAGGCUACUGUAGCCUACCAUUUGAUACAAUAAAUAUGUUGAAAUGACAAAAUCAAAGGAGUCAUUGCAAAUACAUUUGUCCCACGUGUGUAGCCUACCUGGAGCUGGCAAACUGAUUUAAUAAAUAGCCUAUAACUCAGUUUGUUGUUGUAGCCUUGUGUUAUUAUGCAAUUAUUAAUGGCCAUGUUUAGUUAAUUCAAUUAAAAGUUAUUCAUUGGGAUCAGGGGCGCAACUUUGGUUUUAGACGUGGGGGGGACAUAAUAUAUUUAUAUAUACACUACCAUUCAAAAGUUUGAGGUCACUUAGAAAUGUCCUUGUUUUCGAAAGAAAAGCAUUUUUUUUUUGUCCAUUAAAAUAACAUCAAAUUGAUCAGAAAUACAGUGUAGACAUUGUUAAUGUUGUAAAUGGCUAUUGUAGCUGGAAACGGCUGAUUUUUAAUGGAAUAUCUACAUAGGCGUACAGAGGCCCAUUAUCAGCAACCAUCAGUCCUGUGUUCCAAUGGCACGUUGUGUUCGCUAAUCAAAGUUUAUCAUUUUAAAAGGCUAAGUGAUAAUUACAAAACCCUUUUGCAAUUAUGUUAGCACAGCUGAAAACUGUUGUGCUGAUUAAAGAAGCAAUUAAACUGGCCUUCUUGAGACUAGUUGAAUACAACAUUAACAAUGUCUACACUGUAUUUCUGAUCAAUUUGAUGUUAUUUUAAUGGACAAAAAAAUGCUUUUCUUUCGAAAACAAGGACAUUUCUAAGUGACCCCAAACUUUUGAACGGUAGUGUAAAUAUAUUUUAAAAUAUUUUUUUAUCCAAUCGGAUAAACACUCCAAACAGCCUACCCGACCGCUCGGAGGCGUCCGCAUGGUACUAAAGCACACCGUUGCCUCGUUUUGUAUCACAUUCCAAUUAUAAAACUGGGGGGAGGACAAAAAUGCAAUAUCAGAAUGUGUUUGGGGGGGGGGGGGGGGGGGUUAGGCACGUCCCCAGUGAAAGUUGCGCCCCUGAUUGUGAUCAUGGUCACAGCUCUAUCACAAAUGUAACAUUCUCCACAUUUAAUGUCAGUUUCAUUGUGGACUUUUCCCUGAAAUGAGAUGUUGGCCUAUCAGGAGCUAUAGGCUACCUGCAUCUAGCUCAGCAAACCAUGGCAAAGUUGAAUUGCAAUUAUAAACACAGAUUUUAGUCAGUAGCCUAUGCCUGUUGAAAUAACAAGUCAAUCUCGCAAAUAGGGCAUUUAUAACGGUUUGUAGUCUUAACAUCUGGCACAUAAUAACGGCACAAUUGCCCGAAAAUAGCCUAACAUUCAUCCAAGUUUCUUGCACAGAGAUUUCGAGAUCCUCUGUCCAACUUUCAUCACUCAAACUCUCCUGUCAGAUUUAUCUCUAGUUAUACACAUGUGAAAACAAGAUUUAUUUACAAUUAUAAACUGGGUGGUUUGAGCCCUGAAUUCUGAUUGGUUGAAAGCCAUGUACCACGGGAAUGACCAAAAACAAUUUUUUACUGUUCUAAUUACGUUGGUAACCAGUUUAUAAUAGCAAUAAGGCACCUCAGGGGUUUGUGGUAUAUGGCCAACAUACCAUGGCUAAGUGCUAUGUCCUAAGAACAGCCCUUAGCCGUGGAAUAUUGGCCAUAUACCACACCUCAUCUGGCUUUAUUGCGUAAUCAUAGCAGUCAAAACAAGUUGAAUGGACAUCCUUUGAUGGAAAAGGAUCUGGAGAGUUUAAUAAGGGCAAUUUAUAUUUUAGCUAGACCUGGCAACCGUGGUCCCAGUUGGAUAGAACAUCCUUGACCUGCUCGCCUUUUGGAAAACAACAUGUGGUUACCGAGGUUACCCCAUUGGUUCACAACAGAAACUUGACCUUUUUCAAAAACAAUUUUCUUGUUGUCUGCAUGUUUUAGUCAAUUACAAAACUACAUUUAAGAAAAGUACAACAUGUCUAAAGAUUACUUUUCAACAUUUCCCUCUCUCCCACACCGAAUAGCCUGAUGCCACAGGGCUCUUCUUGCAGGCUCUAUUUCCCUGUAUGUAGGAGCAUUGCGAACCGACCUGUAGGUCGGGAUUUCUGACCUGGUUACAUGUACAUUGAACAACACAGCAGCUUUUCUGCAUGUUUUGUUAUUUCUGUAUAACAAAAAAUUGACUACGAAGUUGGCUCUUUCACAAUGGAAGUCAAUUGGAAAUAAUGUUUGUUUUCCCCAAUUUGUGGGUGUGGUCGAGAACAAUUCCUUGUUAUUGUGGGAAUAUUGACUCAGACUAUUUUUUUGUAUACAUAUUUUUGAAGGGGGUUGAUCAGCUUUAAUAUUGCAGAUAAAUGGUGGCUUCUAUCAAUGUAAUUGUCUGCAUAAUUUCCAAUCUCCCAUAUACAGUGGGGGAAAAAAGUAUUUAGUCAGCCACCAAUUGUGCAAGUUCUCCCACUUAAAAAGAUGAGAGAGGCCUGUAAUUUUCAUCAUAGGUACACGUCAACUAUGACAGACAAAUUGAGAAAAAAAAUCCAGAAAAUCACAUUGUAGGAUUUUUUAUGAAUUUAUUUGCAAAUUAUGGUGGAAAAUAAGUAUUUGGUCACCUACAAACAAGCAAGAUUUCUGGCUCUCACAGACCUGUAACUUCUUCUUUAAGAGGCUCCUCUGUCCUCCACUCGUUACCUAUAUUCAUGGCACCUGUUUGAACUCAGUAUAAAAGACACCUGUCCACAACCUCAAACAGUCACACUCCAAACUCCACUAUGGCCAAGACCAAAGAGCUGUCAAAGGACACCAGAAACAAAAUUGUAGACCUGCACCAGCCUGGGAAGACUGAAUCUGCAAUAGGUAAGCAGCUUGGUUUGAAGAAAUCAACUGUGGGAGCAAUUAUUAAGAAAUGGAAGACAUACAAGACCACUGAUAAUCUCCCUCGAUCUGGGGCUCCACGCAAGAUCUCACCCCGUGGGGUCAAAAUGAUCACAAGAACGGUGAGCAAAAAUCCCAGAACCACACGGGGGGACCUAGUGAAUGACCUGCAGAGAGCUGGGACCAAAGUAACAAAGCCUACCAUCAGUAACACACUACGCCGCCAGGGACUCAAAUCCUGCAGUGCCAGACGUGUCCCCCUGCUUAAGCCAGUACAUGUCCAGGCCCGUCUGAAGUUUGCUAGAGUGCAUUUGGAUGAUCCAGAAGAGGAUUGGGAGAAUGUGAUAUGGUCAGAUGAAACCAAAAUAUAACUUUUUGGUAAAAACUCAACUCGUCGUGUUUGGAGGACAAAGAAUGCUGAGUUGCAUCCAAAGAACACCAUACCUACUGUGAAGCAUGGGAGUGGAAACAUCAUGCUUUGGGGCUGUUUUUCUGCAAAGGGACCAGGACGACUGAUCCGUGUAAAGGAAAGAAUGAAUGGGGCCAUGUAUCGUGAGAUUUUGAGUGAAAACCUCCUUCCAUCAGCAAGGGCAUUGAAGAUGAAACGUGGCUGGGUCUUUCAGCAUGACAAUGAUCCCAAACACACCGCCCGGGCAACGAAGGAGUGGCUUCGUAAGAAGCAUUUCAAGGUCCUGGAGUGGCCUAGCCAGUCUCCAGAUCUCAACCCCAUAGAAAAUCUUUGGAGGGAGUUGAAAGUCCAUGUUGCCCAGCGACAGCCCCAAAACAUCACUGCUCUAGAGGAGAUCUGCAUGGAGGAAUGGGCCAAAAUACCAGCAACAGUAUGUGAAAACCUUGUGAAGACUUACAGAAAACGUUUGACCUGUGUCAUUGCCAACAAAGGGUAUAUAACAAAGUAUUGAGAAACUUUUGUUAUUGACCAAAUACUUAUUUUCCACCAUAAUUUGCAAAUAAUUUCAUUAAAAAUCCUACAAUGUGAUUUUCUGGAGAAAAAAAAUCUCAUUUUGUCUGUCAUAUUUGACGUGUACCUAUGAUGAAAAUUACAGGCCUCUCUCAUCUUUUUAAGUGGGAGAACUUGCACAAUUGGUGGCUGACUAAAUACUUUUUUUCCCCACUGUAUAUAUUUUUUGUAAAUAUAUUAUUUUAAAUAUGUACAUACAAAACAAAAAAUCCUUCUUUAUUAUUUUCCCCUAACCCUAUCACCCCUCCCGUAAUUGGAGUAAACUAAUGGACAACAAUACUUAGGCUUCUACUUCCAGUCUAUACAUACUAUAUACCAGGGUUAUCCAACCCUGUUCCUGGAGAGCAACCCUCCUGUAUGUUUUCGCUCCAACCCCAGAACGCUGCAGCCCAUCUGGUGUCCAACCUUCCCAAGUUCUCUCAUGUCACCCCGCUCCUCCUCAGACUCCACUGGCUUCCAGUUGAGGCUCGCAUCUACUACAAGACCAUGGUUUUUGCCUACGGAGCUGUGAGGGGAACGGCACCUCCUUACCUUCAGGUUCUGAUCAGACCCUACACCCAAACGAGGGCACUACGUUCAUCCACCUCUGGCCUGCUAGCCCCCCUACCUCUACGGAAGCACAGUCCCGCUCAGCCCAGUCAAAGCUAUUCACUGCUCUAGCACCCCAAUGGUGGAACAAGCUCCCCCACGACGCCAGGACAGCAGAGUCACUGACCACCUUCCGGAGACACUUGAAACCCUACCUCUUUAAGGAAUACCUUUAAUAGUAUAAAAGUAAUCAUUCUACCCCUCCCUCCCCCACCCCCCCCAUAAAAAAAAGAAAAAGUGUUUGUCCCACGGCUAUAAUAAGUUGAAUGCACCAAUUUGUAAGUCGCUCUGGAUAAGAGCAUCUGCUAAAUUAUGUAAAUGUAAAUGUAAAUGUGUUACUAACCUGAUUAAUCUUAUCAACCUGCUAAUUAUUAGAAUCAGGUGUGCUAGAUUAGGGUUGGAGGAAAAAUCCUACAGGACGGUACCUCUCCAGGAACAAGGUUGGGCAGUCCUGCUAUUUACAUUUUACGGACAGUAUAUUUUACAAUACUUAUCUUUUGUUUGUUUUUAGUCCCAUCCUUCAGCUACCCUCAACCCCUCCCAUCUGUCUCUGAAGACCAUCCAGUUUAGGUUUCUAGCUGCCAUAUAUUUUUCUGCUGUGCUGUGAUGUUUCACAAAAGUUCUGAAACUUUCUAUUCUCAUAGUUUCUACAGAUUGUAAAUUAAAGAGACAUUUUUUUGCUAAGAGUAUUAUUAUAUUUUGAUCAAUUGACUAUGACUUUUCAAAUCACCCAGUAGUGCUAUUUGCAGAGUUAGCUCCAUGUAAAUGUUGUAAUUUUUCUGCCAUUCGGACUAUCUUAUUGCUAGCAGCAGACAGUUCCAGAAAACUCAAACCAAUAUUGAAAAACAUAAUAGCGUGUGAACAAAACACUGUAACUAGCCAAGAAUACGAGGACAAAGUCACACUUUAGUAGCCUUUCGGGUCAAUUUGACCAACUUCUACAUUUCGACUUUUCAUUGAAAGAAACUGUUCCCAAAUGCUCUUUGUGACCACCCGCCAAUGUGGCUCGUGAAAUAGGCAUUCUUACCCGCCAAUGCCAAAAUCUACCUGCAUUUGGCAGCUGGCGUGUGUAAAUUUCCCACCCAGAAUAGAACCAAUGGACUAGUCCCAAAAGUGCAAACCUCACCAGCUGGCACUCCAGACAGACUUAAUCAUAUGUUUAAUGAAUUUUAAAGAAAACAAAUACUAUUUGUAGCCAUGUCUGGAAUAGUUAAGAUGAAAGCCUGUGGUGACUGAAAGCUCACCUCUAUAUGUUUCUCCUCAGGCACCUGCCAGGACAGCCCCUGGCUUUGAGGGCCCCCAGCUCUCCCUGUCAUGGCCGAUGAUUGACAGCCAGGCCCAGGGGUCAGGGAUGAGGACCAGCUCCCCGGGACAGGCAGGGUUCCAUCCUGGCUACAUGGUGGCCCAUCCAGGCCCAGACCUGUUUGGGGGGGCUGCCACCUUCGCCCCUCUCACCCUUCUGUGUGAGCCAGUGGCCUGAGCUGCUGUCCUCCUUGGAUUCAGGGGUGUUUGCUUUCCCUGUCGUGCCCCCAGCCUGGGGCACCCCCACCUCCGCCCCUGCCCCUGCUCCACCCUACGAGCCCCCCGACCCUAAAACCAGGACCCUCUAA